CAGUAGUAGCAGCCCAACCAAAGUCCCAUUUAAAAAGUGAAGACCUUUGGUUCCUCUGAGAGCUUUAGGGGAUCAUAUCCAAGAGAUCAAAGACUUCUCCCCAGAAAGAGAGAGAGACUUAGAGAGAGAGAUGGGAAGGGCUCCUUGUUGUGACAAGGCAAAUGUUAAGAAGGGACCAUGGUCACCAGAAGAAGACUCAAAGCUCAAAGAAUACAUUGACAAAUAUGGUACUGGUGGAAAUUGGAUCGCUCUCCCUCAGAAAGCUGGUUAUUACCUAUCCAAUUCUCUCUCUCUCUCUCUCUCUCUCUCUCACAGAGGUUUGAAGAGAUGUGGAAAAAGCUGCAGAUUGAGAUGGCUUAACUAUCUGAGGCCAAACAUCAAACAUGGAGAAUUUUCUGAGGAGGAAGACAGAAUAAUUUGCACCCUCUUUACUAGUAUUGGAAGCAGGUGGUCGAUUAUAGCAGCGCAGCUGCCAGGAAGGACUGACAAUGAUAUCAAGAACUACUGGAACACCAAGCUGAAGAAGAAGCUCAGGGAUAUGCAGACUCAUAUGGCUCCUCCUUCAUUAACAACUUCUCAGAGUCAUAGAUCAAAGCCUCCCCCAUUUCCUGUUUCUUCCUCUCUUCACCAAUUUCAAAACCAACCAUUUCAUCAUCAACCUCUCUCACUCAUGCACAAAGACCUUAACAUGAUGACUUACAGUACUUACACCCCAACCUUAACAAGUCCUGCUACUCCGGGAUCUUUCUCAUCAGGCUUUGAAAUAAUGCCAAACAUUUCAACCCCUCUCACCAACUACUCCUCCCUUUUUCAAACUCAAGAGUGCCUUGUGGGUUCCAUGCACUACAAUCACCCAGCUGUGAAGAAAAAUCUAAACCUCAUCAUGUUUGGAAGUGAAGGAAGCUGCAGUACAUCAUCUGAUGGGAGCUGUAACAACAAUCAGAUCAGCUAUGAGUCCAGGCCAUCAGGAAAUAUCAAACAAGAGGAAAUGGGUAUGGGUUUUCAGCUUGAAGAUCAGAACCAGAAGUUCAUGAUGCUUAACUAUGGAAACAGUAGUAGUGCUGCAAUAUCAGGUGAUCAUCAUAACUAUAUCAACAACAACAACCAAUGGGGUGAGAGGCCAACUGGGUACAAUGGUAAUAAUACCCGUUUCGGAGAUUAUGAUCUUGAAGAUGUUAAGCAGCUGAUUAGUAGUAGUAGCACUGAUAUUAAUAUCAAUAUUAAUAAUGAAAAUGGGUCUAUAUCUAACAGCUUGUUCAGUGUUGAUGAAAACAAGACUGAUCAUAAAGAGAAGGUGAUGUAUUUCUACUGAAUUAAAUGAGUGCCUACUGACUGUUGUAAGUAGAAUCAGAAAGAUUUGAUGGGUUAAGUGAGGGAGGGCAUGGUGGUGCUGAGAUGUUUCUCAGAAAACACUCAUGAAUAUCAGUACUAGUCAGCAAGUCUGUGUUUUGAUAUAUGAAAUGAAACAUUUUCUUCUUUUGAC